GGGUGGUCGGACAAACCGCGACCAAGCGCUAAUCCAAAUUGGACAUUUGGUGUGGUGUGGUGGGGUUGCGGGGUCGCUGGAUACAGUGAGCACACUCAAACCUCUGUUCUGCAGUUCAAGAGUAUAAAGCAAAGCUUCCUCGCGAGGAAACAAUUAUGGAUUCCAGUCUUUGAAACUAUCUGCCUCUUAUCAGGCUUGGGGGAUAUAGGGAAGAUUGGGCAGCUAUAAUGGCGACAACAACGCCGGCGGUUCAUUGCUUGGAGACCAUAUUGUCCUUGCUCCGUUUCUGCCUCGAGUCUGGUGUCUUUGACAGCCAUAGGGACUGGACCAAUCAUAUGGUUGAAUCCGUUCAAGCAAAGAUCUCCGAGAUGCGAUCUGUCGACAUGGACUGGGAAGCUACUCCCAGUGUGAUCUAAUUCUAGACACAACGCGGACCAGGGCGUGGGGUCAGAGGGGAAGGGGUUAAACGCUAAGGUCUCAUCUUGUGAAGCUUUGCUAUUAUGUACUCUCUUCAGCUGGUUCGAAUAUUGGGAAGGGACUUGGUUUCAUAAUCUAGUAUUAGAGGUGAAACAGAAUGGAGAACUUUGAAAGUACCUCAAUUUGUGGGAGAGGAACAAGCACAGCGAAGAUACUGGUUAUCAGGGAAGAAAAAAUAAUACUGCAUCAUCCGUGAAUCGAACACGGGCCUCGUCGAUGGCAACGACGAAUUCUACCACUAGACCAAUG